AUGGAUGCUUAUUCAGGUUACAACCAGAUCUUCAUGCAUCCAGAAGAUCAGGCCCACACCUCUUUCAUUACGGACCGCGGCCUCUACUGCUAUAAGGUGAUGCCCUUUGGCCUCAAAAACGCCGGGGCUACUUAUCAGCGUCUGGUGAAUCAGCUCUUUGCCCCACUGAUUGGCAAUACCAUGGAGGUCUAUGUCGAUGACAUGCUAGUCAAGAGUCGCACAGCUGACCAACACAUCCCUAACCUCUCUGCCAUGUUCACCAUCCUGAAGCAGUACAAAAUGAGGCUUAACCCCACCAAAUGUGCAUUCGGGGUGGCUUCCGGCAAAUUCCUAGGCUUCAUGAUCAGCCAGAGGGGUAUUGAGGCCAAUCCAAAAAAGAUCCAGGCCAUCUUAGACAUGACGGUACCUAAGACGGUCAAAGAUAUCCAAAGCCUUACAGGGCGUGUCGCAGCCCUGACCAGAUUUAUCUCCAAAGCCACUGAUCGCUGCGCCCCAUUCUUCAAGGCCCUUAAAGGCACCAAAAGAACAUCACCUGGACUGCUGAAUGCAACACGGCUUUCAACGAGCUCAAGGACUUCGGCUGUUAGCUCUGUGCUCAUCCGAUCAAAAGAUAACGCGGAACACCCAGUGCAUUAUGUUAGUAAAGCAUUGCAAGAUGCCGAAGUUCGAUACCCGGACAUCGAAAAAUUGGCGUUCGCCCUGGUCGUCUCGGCAAGACGCCUCCGACCAUAUUUCCAAGCUCACACCAUCCAUGUCUUAACCAACCAACCGCUCCGACAGGUGUUGCAGAAGCCAAAAACUUCUGGGAGGCUGGUUAAGUGGGCCAUUGAACUUGGCGAGUUUGAUAUCCAUUACAAACCCCGCCCGGCUCUAAGGGGACAGGCCGUUGCCGACUUCUUAUCCGAAUUCACGGAGCCUCAAGCUUCGUCAGCUAUCCAGCCCAUAAUCGAACCCAAUCCACCGCCCAGCCAGGACCAAACCCCCACCGAAGGCAAUCUCGACCUAACCCAGCCUCUGUGGACCUUAUUCGUAGACGGCUCUUCUAAUGCCCAGGGCUGUGGGGCCGGCCUCGUUCUCAUCUCCCCAGACAAGGUUUCCCUCGAGUACGCCCUUCGCUUCAAAUUCCAAACCUCCAACAAUGAGGCCGAAUAUGAAGCACUCUUAGCUGGUCUUCGGUUAGCCAAAGAGAUGGACGCCAGGAAAAUUCAGAUAUUCAGCGAUUCACAACUCGUGGUCCACCAGGUCAACCAGGACUUCACGGCUAAGGAUGCCUCUAUGACGGCCUACCUCCAGCACGCUCGGCACUUGCUGGCGACCUUCCACGCCCACUCUAUCAAGCAAGUGCCGCGCUCCGAGAAUAGCCAUGCCGAUGCACUAGCCAGGUUGGCAUCAGCCUUGGAGCAAGGAAUGGGUCGCCACAUCCACAUCAAGUUUUUGGCCCAGCCCAGCACACAAGCCCCACUCAUCUGCACUAUUGAUCACAGCCCUACAUGGAUGGACCCCAUCCUCCAGUUCUUACAGAACCAAACACUACCGGCUAAUCCGGCAGAGGCACGAAGCGUUCGCCAUCGCUCUGCCCGUUACCUGAUCAUUAACGGCUCCUUAUACAAGUGGGGUUUCAGCCUUCCUUACCUCCGAUGCCUGACUCCAGAGGAGGGUCACUAUGUCCUCCGAGAAAUCCAUGAAGGCAUAUGCGGUAACCACUCGGGCACACGCUCGCUGGCCCAUAAGGCAAUCCGCCAAGGAUACGUUUGGCCAUCACUCCACACUGACGCCCAGGAAUUCACCCAGAAAUGCGACAAGUGUCAGCGAUUUGCCAACAUUCCACAACUCCCGGCUGAACCGUUGACUGCCAUCGUCAGCCCUUGGCCAUUUGCCCAAUGGGGACUGGAUUUCAUUGGACCUAUGCCAGAGGGCAAGGGUCAAGUCAAGUAUGCAGUUGUGGCCGUAGACUACUUCACCAAGUGGGCUGAGGCUGAGGCCUUGGCCACCAUCACUGCAGCUCGCAUCGAAUCCUUUGUGUGGCAAAACAUUGUAUAUCACUUCGGCAUCCCCAACUCCAUCGUCACCGACAAUGACCGAACCGAGGCCGUGGCUCCGGUAGUGAUUGGCCAGCCCACAUACCGAACCUCCACUUACGAUGCCACGGCCAAUGACGAGCAGUUGGCCCUCAACCUCGACUUCAUUGACGAGCUCCGGGACCAAUCGAGCAUGCAUAAUGUCGCGUACAAACAACGGAUCGCCAAAUAUUACGACUCCCGAGUCAAGCCCCGUGCUUUCAAAAUGGGGGACUGGGUCAUGCGCAAAGUUUCCUUGGCUACCAAAAAUCCCAACGAAGGUACCCUCGGCCCUACAUGGGAAGGUCCUUAUGAGAUUAUCAAAAUCUGCCGCCCCGGCACUUAUCAGCUUCGUGAUUCCACAGGCAAGACGCUGCCUCACCCGUGGAAUGCUGACCACCUCAAGUACUAUUACAAGUAA